AUGUCGGCGGCUACUUUCUUCUCUCCCUCAGUGGCAGCCGCUGCUGGUUCUGCAUCUUCGUCCUCCAAAACCCUGAAGCCUGCCUCCAAAACCCUAGGUUUCAAUCCUGGGUUUCUCUCGUCGUCGUCUUCGAAGACAGCUUUGAAAUCUCUCAAAGCUCAAGUCAUGCUUGGAAAUAGGGUUGGGUUAGGCUCAGCUCUAGGAGCUCGCAUGGACUCUAUGCCCGAGAUGACUUCACUUGAUUUCGACAGCUCAGUGUUCAAGAAGGAGAAAAUUACUCUUCCUGGCCAUGACGAGUAUAUUGUUAGAGGAGGGAGGGAUUUGUUUCCAUUGCUACCUGAUGCCUUCAAGGGCAUUAAGCAAAUUAGUGUUAUUGGUUGGGGUUCACAGGGCCCUGCUCAGGCACAAAAUCUAAGGGAUUCUCUUGCAGAAGCAAAAUCAGACAUUGUUGUCAAGAUUGGUCUCAGGAAGGGUUCUCGUUCCUUUGCUGAGGCACGCGCUGCUGGUUUUAGUGAAGAGAAUGGAACCCUUGGUGACAUAUGGGAGACAAUAUUUGGCAGUGAUUUGGUGCUGCUCUUGAUUUCUGAUGCAGCACAGGCUGAUAAUUAUGAGGAAAUAUUCACCCACAUGAAGCCAAACAGCAUACUUGGGCUAUCCCAUGGGUUUCUUCUUGGCCAUUUGCAGUCAAUGGGUCUUGAUGUCCCCAAGAACAUGAGUGUGAUAGCUUUAUGUCCCAAGGGAAUGGGUCCGUCUGUGAGGAGACUCUAUGUUCAAGGAAAAGAGAUAAAUGGUGCUGGAAUAAAUUCUAGUUUUGGCGUACACCAGGAUGUUGAUGGCACGGCCACUGAUGUUGCCCUUGGAUGGUCAGUUGCCCUUGGUUCUCCUUUUACAUUUGCCACUACACUGGAACAGGAAUACAAGAGUGACAUAUUUGGCGAGCGAGGCAUUUUACUCGGUGCGGUGCAUGGAAUUGUUGAGACCUUGUUCAGAAGGUAUACUGAAAAUGGAAUGAGUGAAGAUUUGGCUUACAAGAAUACUGUUGAGUGCAUAACAGGGAAUAUUAGGAAGACCAUAUCAACUCAGGGUAUGUUGGCUGUGUAUAAUUCAUUGUCUGAAGAUGGCAAAAGGGAGUUUGAGGCUGCAUACAGUGCCUCUUACUAUCCCUCCAUGGAUAUAUUAUAUGAGUGCUAUGAGGAUGUAGCCAGCUGUAGUGAGAUCCGGAGUGUUGUCCUGGCUGGGCGUCGCUUUUAUGAAAAGGAUGGGUUGCCAGCUUUCCCAAUGGGUAAAAUUGAUCAAACGAGGAUGUGGAAAGUAGGUGAACGAGUUCGACCAGCACGUCCAGCGGGUGACCUAGGCCCUUUAUGUUCCUUCACAGCUGGUGUCUAUGUGGCAUUAAUGAUGGCCCAAGUAAGCACCGUUCUACGUUAGUGUGUUGACUUUGGAUUGUACUGUUAAAGGAGUCACCAUGCACUGUACUUAAAUUGCUAGGUUUGCUUUUAAAACAGUGUUCAUUUAAGCAUGGUCAAUGAAGAAGCAUGGUUUAUUGGAUAGAUCUCUGUUAGGUUGAAUCAAAUAAUGGCAUCUCUUUUGAAUUUGUGUCUAAUUUUUAUCUUCUGGAACUUCACAUGGUGAAAAGAAAGAAAUUUAUAUUGUAGAACACUAAUAUUGCACUGAGAACAUUUGUUAUCUUCAACCAUUUGGUCUAACAUAAUCUUUAUAAAUUAUAUAUAUAUAUAUAUGAAAACAGAUUGAGGUUUUGAGGAAGAAAGGACACUCAUACUUUGAGAUCAUCAACGAAAGCGUAAUCGAGGCUGUGGAUUCUUUGAAUCCAUUCAUGCAUGCCCGUGGAGUCUCGCUCAUGGUUGAUAACUGUUCAACCACAACUCGGCUAGGAUCCAGGAAGUGGGCUCCGCAUUUUGACUUCACUCUGACCGAGCGGGCCUUUGUGGCGGUAGACAAUGGUGAUCCCAUCGACCAGGACCUUAUCAGCAACUUCUUGUCAGAUCCCGUGCAUAGGGCGAUGGAAGUUUGUGCUCGACUGAGACCUACUGUUGACAUCUCUGUGCCCCCUGAUGCUGACUUUGUUCGGCCAGAGUUGCGCCAGUCUAGCAACUAGGUGUUGAUGGAGAACAUUUAGUUUGUGCUGUAGCUAGUUUCUGUUUAAGGGGAGAUGUUUGAGGGAGAAGUUUUCUUUAAAUUGUAGGAGCACCGUAAAAGAUUUGUCUGGUCUACUUCUGACUUUUUGAUUUUAUAUUUGGAAACUGCUUUGUGUUGUGCUUCUGUUGAAUGAACGAGUCGUUAUAAUAUGAACUGUGUUUGUAAUUUUGGGAAAAUAAAAUUUGGAGUAAUGCUUUUAUGCAACAAUAA